AUGCAGCGCAUGCCACCUCCCGAGGGGCACCAUAUGCCUCCCGGCGCGCAUGGUGUCUACGAGCAUGCAUGGCGCCCUCCAUACCACCCCCCACCAUACGACGGCCAUGCGCCGCCGGAUUCUCGCCGUACCUCAACGGCUUCGGCGUCGCUGCCUCCCCAAGGAUAUCCCGUCAUGCCCAACCGUGAACUACCGCAGCUUCCUCCCUCCGGACCAGAUGGACCCUAUGGCCGAGCCAGUAGCCUAUCGGGUCCCCCUCCCCACCCGGCACAAGAAUCAAGUCCAGUACACGCCAGCUAUCGUCCGAUAAAUGGAACGCCGCACGAGUCGUCGCCGCAUUCUGCUCCCCCGGAAUAUCGGGCGCGCAUGGGAGGCUUUCAACCCCCCGAGCAGCCGACCCCCACCGAGUCAACACCGACACCUGCUUCUCUGCCUCCGACAUCACAGUUCAUGACACCGGCUCCACAGAUUCCUCCCGGCACUCCUGGUCCCUAUGACCCGGGCUAUUAUCAGAACCCGGCAUAUGGGGCACGCCAGCGCAAGGCGGCGCGAGCAACACAGGCUUGUGAUCAAUGUCGUGCGAGGAAAGCCAAAUGCGACGAAGGAAGACCGGCUUGUAGUCACUGCAAAGAGAACAACUUGAUUUGUGUGUACAAAGAAGUACCACCUCACAAGCAGGAGAAGACGGCUCAGCUGUUAUUGGACCGACUGAUGGAGAUGGAAGAUAAAUUCAUCGAUCGAAUCGGCAGAGUAGAGAAGUACCAGGUGGACCAGGGACAAAUACUGGAACAGCUUCUGGGAGGGCCGAGUGAUGCAACCCGCGCGCUUAAAUAUCGCACAAAUAAUCCUGUUCCGCCCCGGGACCCUGUUUUAAAGACAGAAGCCCCGGCCAUGCAGGCAAUGCAGACCAUGCAGACCAUGCAGACCAUGCAACCGGACAUCGACGACAAGAGCCCGUUCUUUGGGCAACAACAACCACAACCUCCACUGAACGCCAGUUCCAGCUUUGAUGACGUGAAGAAUGACAAUGAGGGAGAGCUUUCGAUUCCGGUGGAACAUACAACCGCCGCGCACAAACUUUUGAUGUGGCCGUCUAUCAAAAGACUAAUCACCCCGAACGAAUAUGAUGAGGACUACGUCAUGAGACUAGAGGAAGAGCGUGGUCUCAUCAGCGUCUAUGGACAGGGUGAGAUAUCGUCCACGGCCGAUGAUAGCCAACUACCUUCCCCUCCUAUUACCCGCGACGGAGGAAGCUUCGAUGAGACCCGAAUCAACGGUGAUUCCAAUAUUCAGAUCGGUGUCACAUCUGAUCCGGGCGAAGUUGAUAUUGACAGCUUCGGUCGCCUGAGCCUGGAUGCGAAGACGGCUCGACGGUACUACCAUACCUAUCUGGAUCGUAUUCACCAACUGCAUCCUUUCCUCAACAAACCUGAGUUGGAUGGAAAGGUGGAGACAUUCAUUCGAUCGUUUUGCCCUCGAGACGCUUCGCCGAUUCAACAGUCCGGUACUCUUUGCCGGGAGAACUCACGACCGAUGAAACGCAAACGUUCUCAUGACGAUUUACAGGGUGUACGUGGUGGAUCUGUGGAUGCUGCUGCCGUCUCUACCCGGCCACGCGUGGGCCGGAAUAUUGACAACGCUAUCAUUUUGCUCAUCUUCGCACUCGGGGCCAUCUGUGAGACUAAAUCUCCCCUUCCGGGCCCCGUCAUGGAUAGGCCCGACUACCUUGCUCAAGAUAUCCCCACACCCCUUCCACCUCUUCCCGUGGCUCCCGUGCACGCCACUCAUGCUGCCAACGGGGUCCUUUCCCCUGCCAAUUCCGAUUCGGCUCUGCCAACAUCAGCAGCGUUCUAUAACCAGCAACUUCACACUACCAGCCAAUCCUUCCCAUCUUCGAUAACUGAGAUGCGGGCUCAGAAUAACCAGUCCAAGCGGUCUAUUCCUCGUACGAGGAAUGAAUACGGCCAUGUCAAGAACCUCCAAAUUAUCCCGGGGUUGUCUCUGUAUGGAUACGCAACCACCAUCCUGGGUCUCCUCCAGGGUGGCGUUGAGCUAGAACAUGUGCAGGCAGGAUUACUUGCAGGGCUCUACGCUGGUCAGCUGGCACACCCGUUCCAAAGCCACGGAUGGAUUUGCCAGGCUGCAAGGGCAUGCCAAGUCCUCGUUCGACAAAAACGAUAUGAGCGACUCGAGGAGGACACCACGAAAGAUCUAUAUAACUUUGCCUACUGGACAUGUCUGCAACUGGAGAGUGAUCUGCUCGCGGAGCUCGAUAUUCCAGCAAGUGGCAUCUCUCGGUCUGAAGGCCGGAUGAGUCUUCCAAAGGGAGUAUUCAUCCAUCUGCCCGACGAGGGUGGCGCACCUUCAACGAUCAUGAUGAUGUUAUACUCGGCUCAGAUCCAUCUUCGCAAAGUUCUCAACAGAGUCCACACAGAUCUUUACAAAGUCGAAAAGCAGGGGCAAACGCGAUGGUCGUCCAAUGUGCAACAAGCUCUCAGUAUGAACCUCGACCUCUGGCGCACUAGUCUCCCCACUACCAUGAGCUGGGAUGAUAAGGAGCCUCCAGCCAAGGACAUCAAUGCUGCGCGUAUGCGAGCCAAGUACUACGGAGCCCGGUACAUUAUUCACCGACCUCUGCUAUAUCACGCGCUUCACUAUGGCCAGACUGGUGCCCGGGUUGGUUCCGUUGCCCAGACCUCCGUCGACUCGCCCACGGGAUCUGCCAGUAACUCGCAAACGCAACAGAUGUCGCCGUCAAUGCCGCAUGCCGGUCAGCGGGCCCCGGGCAUGACACGCAUCAUGAGCAAUCUAGGCAACCCGUCAGCCGAAUUCAUGUCUUUUGCAAACGGCUGGACUCCACCAACCGUCGCCUUGCGCGAGCUUCCACAGAAACUCCGUCGCGCCUGCAAGGUCUGCAUUGAGUCGGCUAUCCUGAGUACCGAAGCAUUCGACGGGAUCCCAGAUCGACUCGUCGUCACCAACAUCUUCGGCACAGCCCAUGCACAAUUUGGAAACAUGCUCGUCCUCUCCGCAACAUACAUGUCCAGCCUCUCCGAGCUCGUUGAGCCCUCAACCCUUGAACGACUCCUCAAGCGCACAAUCCGCUUUCUCCUCCGCAGCGAGAAUAUCUCGCCAACCCUCCGAGCCGACGCAAAGAUCCUAACCGAAAUCUACAGGAAGAUCUUCGGCCAGAUGCCCGUCCUCAACUAG